UUAGACCCAUUUUCACUCAUGCUCUGGAAAAGGAAGCUACUUGGACCUUCCUACUAAGACCUUUAGUUUGGCACUUUGAUGACUUCGGCAAGGAAUCAGUAAUGAUGGAUCUGACAUAAAGGCAAAUAAUAACAUGUCACCGGCAUUGUGCUCGGACGAUUUUAUGUGCAGUCCAGCACCAACAAAGCGUAUAGCGGGGUCCCCAGCUCAUCUCUGGCGGCGAAGAGCGCACUGGAUUGGAUGUCACCUGUAACUAGAGGUCUCCAUUAUGCAGUCCUGUGACCAAUUUGUGCUUUGGAAUUGAUCUUUUUAAUUGAAUCAUUGAUAUUCUUUAUUGGGAAUUUAUUUUGGUGUUUUGUUCAUAAUUAACGAUUUAUCAGAUCUUUCCAAGAGAUGGAACAGAUUGGUUCCUUGUGGGUUUAUUCCGCUUUACUCUUUGCAGUUUUAACAGCUAACUACUCCUCUGCUCAAAAGCAAGACUACAAACGUGUGUGCUACUAUACAAAUUGGUCCCAGUACAGAACAGGACUAGGUAAAUUUAAGCCCCAAAACGUGGACCCGUUUGUCUGUACUCACAUUGUGUACGCCUUCGCAAAGACUUCUGGGAACAGGAUAGAAGCUGCGGAAUGGAACGACGAGUCUACGGAAUGGAGCAAGGGGAUGUAUGCCAAAAUUAAUGACCUUAAGAAGAAAAAUCCAAAGCUAAAAACCCUAUUGGCCAUAGGAGGCUGGACGGAGGGGAAUGCACCAAUCAGCACCAUGGCGUCCACCAAUGAGAGCCGAGACGAGUUCGUCAGCACUACCAUCCAGUAUCUACGAACACGUGGUUUUGAUGGCCUCGAUUUGGAUUGGGAGUAUCCGGGUUCAAGGGGCGGACCUCCGGAAGACAAGGAAAAUCUUAUACAUUUAUUGAAGAAAUUAAGAACCGAAUUCAACCGAGAAGCCAGAGAGACUGGAAGAGAGGCGCUGUUACUGGCGAUUGCGGUGCCCGUGGGUGAAGAGAGAAUUAGUUCCGGAUAUAAGAUCCCAGAGGUGGACAGAUACGUGGAUUUUAUCAACCUGAUGGCGUACGACUUUCACGGAGCGUGGGAGGCCCAGACCGGGCACCACAGCCCACUUCACAGGGGCAAGGCAGAGAGAUGGUACGCAGCACAACUGAAUGUUCAAUGGGCUGCAGGAUAUUGGCGGCGGAAUGGUGCGAGUAAGGAAAAACUGUUGAUUGGGAUAGCCAUGUAUGGUCGAGGAUUCAAGCUCCAGUAUCCGUCCAUCAAUGGAAUAGGAGCCCAGGCUCUUGUAGGCAGUAAUGGCAAUUCCAUGGGACCAUUCACUAAAUCCAAAGGACUUCUCUCAUUCUAUGAGAUCUGUGACCGCCUCAAUGGUAAUGGUGUCGAGGUGUGGGACGAAGAGAGGCGUGUCCCCUACAUGUAUGACGGAAGUGACUGGGUGGGCUAUGAGAACGUGCGCAGCGUUAUCGAAAAGACUAAAUGGGUGAUGGAUCAUGGCUAUGCAGGGAUUAUGAUUUGGGCCCUUGAUCAGGAUGAUUUUACUGGGCACUUUUGUAAGGCAGGAAAAUAUCCUCUGUUGUCAGCAAUCAACAAAACUCUGAACGAGCAUACUCCGUCCACAGAAAUACUGACAGGCCAGCGUGAUAUUCUUCAGGCAACCGAAGAUUAUGGAGGCAUAACUAAUCGGAUUGUAGACUCAACGUCCCUGAGCCUUACUGGACUAACCCUAAGGCACUCACAAACUCCAAACGCUAUCAUCCAUACAACCACAAUCGCCACCACUUCUACAACAGCUGCUAGCAUCAAAACCACAACAAAUGUUGCAACGUCCACUAUCACUUCAAGCACAACGUCUACCACUGAACCUUCAACCACUACCACUGAACCAUCAUCCACCACGACCUCUGAGCCUCCAACCACUACCACUACCACCGAACCUCAAACCACUACCACUACCACCGAACCUCCAACCACUACCGUUGAACCGUCAACUACUACUGGUCUACCAAAGGCAACCUCCUUCACUGAAUUGACCACAGCAGCCGAAGACAAAGAAAACUCAACAGCUCCUAGCACAGGUAAUAUUUCAACAACAGAGACGAUGGAAUCCGAGGCUCAAAAUGACAUUGUAACUAAUGAGAAAAUAUCACCGGCAAUAGCAACUUUGGAUAUAGUUAGUGACAAUAUCACAUCUGACUUGCACCUGAUGCAGAAUGUUUCCUCUGACAUUGAAAAUAUUACAGUAGACUUUUUAUCGAAGAAUGAAUCAGAUAUAACAAAUCAUACUACUAUUUCAAGUAUUGCCUUAACUGAAAACAGCACAGAAAGUCCAAUCAAAGAAUCGACAACGGCAAGAAUAAUGCGGUCUAGAUCACAAAUAAUGUCGAUAGUGGCUCCUUCAGAUAUAUAUUCUUCCACUGAUAUUGUCCACAGAGGAAGAACCUUGUUACAAGUCGAUCUGAAUAGAAAUGAACAGCCGAGUAAUAACGGUGAUGGUCAGACAUCGGGAUUUACUAGCGUACUUAAUUCCUUAUUCAGUGUUCUGUCUGAGUUUGGUGGAUUUGCGAGGGGUAGUCGAUCAUCUUCCAACAGAAGAGCAAACAGUGCAGAUACAGCAGGUCAAGGAACAGUUGAGUCACAAAGACCUAGAAACGCUGAGCCCCAGCGUUCACGGAACGUCGAUCCAACACGCCAAAGAAAUGCUGGUAUGCAACGUCAACGGAACGCAGAUACACAGCCGGCUAGAAACAGAGAAGUUCCAGUCAGGAGGAACGACGCCGAUUUCCAGAGGGUUCGAAAUGGAUUACGUGCUAGUAAUGGUGAUAUUUUGCGUCAAAAUAACGUCGAUCAAUCCAGACUAAGAAUGUUGCCUCGUACAAGGGGUGCAGAUUCUGCUCGACCGGUACAAAGUAAUGGGGAUCCGACAUUACGUCGUAACGGAGAAACGUUCCGACAGAGAAAUGCCGAGCCUCCUCGACAACGAAAUGAAAUUUUGAGAAGAAACAAUGAUUUGAUGCGACAACGAAACGGCAAUAAUGAUAUAUUAAGACAGCGAAGCGAAGACUCAGAGCCGUUUCGUCAACGAAAUGUUAAUGGUGAUAUAGUACGACAACGAAACGGUGACUUGUCACAACAACAAAGAAAUACAUUUCGUAACGGCGAUCUCAUUCAGCAGAGAAAUGCUGCAAACCUAAAUUCAAGAGAUGCCGAACCGCGUCGUCAAAGAACACUGGAGACGACACGGCGAAUGCAACAAAGAACACCAAGUCUAACACCCAAUCGUCGCUCUCAACAACUUGGUGGAAUGAACACCGUAAGUCCCCAGUUUGACCCUUUUCAAAAUGUUGAGAUGGCCACUAUACCACAAAACCUUGGUCCCCGAUCCACGAGAAGAGGUGAAUCAAAUAGUAUUCCAAGUGUAGAUUUUUUGGAAACUCUUGUACAAGGGUCUAGUUCACGAAACAUUGAUCCUACCGUGAUUAACAGAAGGGGAAUAGAAACAAAUAGAAUUCCGACCCGCAAUCCGAACCAAAUAUCCCAAGGUGUUCCGGAUAUUUCUACACUGACCGAUAUGUUUUUCGCACAAGAUCCCCAGAAUCAAUUACUUCAGCAGGAAGCGGUACAAACAUCAAUAUCUGAAGCAAUGCUUUCCCCAAACUUCGUAAACAGAGCAAACGGUUUCGGAAGAUUGCAGCGUAUGAUUACGCCUGAACCAGUUCAAUCAUCAAACAUCUUCGACAACAGAAAUAUAUCUUCAAAUAUGCAAGCUUCGCAGAUGCGAGAAACGCUUUUUAAUGAAAUAAUAAACAGACAACCGUCUUUGAAUACAAACUCUAUUGAUACAAUAGAUCUGGCAUUUUUAGAAUCUCAAGUCGAAGAAGGAUUUGCGAGGGAUCGUGCCCAACAGAUUGAACAAUCAAUGUUGAGACCGGGAAUGCUGGUAAACGAACCACGACAAGGUAUUUUGAAUGGAGUUUUACCUGCAGCAGCAAGAUUCCAGGGUCCUAUAGGACAAGUCCCCUCCCAACAAGGCUCCAUUGGCAGGAACUCAAUGAUUCCAAGACCAAAUCAGUUUCAACAAACAUCAAUGCAACUACCACAGACAAAUCGGAACACUUCUAUGGCCGUCAUUCCAUUUAAUAACCUUGAUAGAACUUUACAAAGAAUCGUAGCCAGUGGACCAGGGUUUCGAUUGCGAAAUCAAACUACAUCUACACGAUCAGUUCUUCAAAAUCCCACUGAGCAAGGCUUCUUUCCACAAAAUGGCCAACGAACACCGAGGGCGGGGAACCUUCUAAAUCCUACCUUAGUAAGGCCUGGUUCUUCACAGGAAAACAACAGAAAUAUCUUAACAUCUCAACCUGGGUUGCCCGGACCGCUUCAAUUAGCACGUCUACAAGAUAGUUUACGCCCAAAUAGAAACAUGCUGGGUCCACUCGGACCAAUUCAAGGAAAUAGAAACGCGCAACCCAUGAACAACUUUUUGACAUCAUCAUUGAGGGGUUCGCCAAGAGUAGGAACACCUCUAUCACAGACUGCUAAUACGAAUAACCAAUUGCCUCUUAAUUCACUGUUUUCUCCUAUGAACCAAAUAUCUCCACGUGUGUCGACUAUCGGAAGUCCCGGUACACCCCAUCGAACACCGCCGCCAUUUGCAUCUACUGCAAUUCAAACACCAGAUGAAGUGAUACAAGGCAGAAAUGUGAUUGGAUCAAAAUCUGUCUUUUCUCAAAGAACAAACUCAAGUGUCAGUAUUGAUGGUUCAAUGUUAAAGUCAGAGCCUGUGAUUCCAAAAUCAGAGAUUUUGUGGAAAUGGGAUGUGUAAAGCUGUAUAAAGCAUGUGGAUGCGCAUAUCGUAUCAUUUCUGGGGAUUGUUGUUAUAAAAAAAGAAAAGUUUUCAAUUUUUAUUCUUAUCUUUCAAGUCACAUUGAUUUGCUCUAGUGCUGAUACAUGUGCUAGUACAUGUAGUAAAGGGCAUUAUGAUGAGAAUAAUCCUUUUUUUCCAUAUCGCACCCUGGAUCAAAGACAUCAAUAUUAGCUUGGGGGUAACUCACUGAUCAUCUUUGCUUCACAAAUUCAGUUUCCAAACGGAAUCAUUAUUGUUAAUCAUUUUAUUUUGUAGCGUGCAAUAUUGUUUGCAUCGCUAAAAUACACAUUUGAUAACAAGGCAGGUGCGUCGUUUUGUCCCAAUGCAGAUCCCUUUGUACUCGUAUAAACUUUGAUGUAUCCCAGUGAUACCACAAAUGAAGAUUAAUUUUAUCAUUCAUUAUGAACUCAUGUGGGAUAUUGAGGGGACAUAAUUCACGGUCUAGGACUUGGCAAGGUCUCGAAUUUAGACCGUGAAUCUUGUCUGCCUCGUCCUAGACCGUGGAUCUUGUCCCCUCGAUAGAAUUUCACUAUCCCACAUGAGUACAUUUCAACAAUGAUUACUUUUCUUGCAUUAUUUUUCAUUAAAAACGAUGUCUGACAACUUUUCGUUAUGAUAUUCAAAAGAUUUCUUUCGGUUUGUCCUUCCGUGUGCUUCGACUAGUGCAAGUCCAAAUGAGAGCAUACGACAGUUUUUAAAAAAUAAACAUAUAAAUAAUUGUUAUUAAUUAUGCAACAAAAUACUUAAUGAAAAAUAACAAUCUAUCAUUUUACAUUUCUCGACAACAGACGUUUGUUUACGUUUUAAAGCGGCGUAGUAAUACUGAGUGCAAGACAGAAAAAUCUCACACUGCUGUCUCACACUGGACAAACCGAUCACCCACCGGUGAUAAUGCGAGAAAAACGAUGCCUUGAUAAAAAUCUACGUACUAAAACGCAUAAGAAAUGAAUCUCAGCUAGCUACAAUGCAUGGCAUUCAUUUAAGUUCCAUGUACUGAAGUUACUUGGGAUAUCAUUUGUGCUCAUAUUUAGCAUUAUUGAGUACAUCAAAAUUCAUGUGGGGUAUCAUUGGGGUGUCUUUGUGGUUCACUGGGGUAACAUUGGGGUAUCGUUGCGGUUAAUUAUGAUACCAUUGGAAUUUAUUUGAGUAAAAGACGCACCGUGUUUUUUUUAAAUAUAUAUUUAGGAAAGAUACAAAGCCUGUCCCUAAUAAAAUCUACAAAAAGAACUGAAUUGUGAUAAACUUAAAAUAAAUGCUAUCUUAAUUAAGAAUGAACAACUUUGAAUAGGAUUUUUUCAGAGAAUUGUAUCCCAUUGCACGUUUAGUGGCUCAUUUGUAUACAAUGAGUUCUGAAACUCAUUAUUUAGAUAAUUUUUACAUGAUAGUGAAUAAAAUCGACACAUCCCAAUU